AAUGUCCGGUUCCCUACCAUCCAUGGCCACGGCCCCGCUGACUCCAGAGCCCUGCGACUCGGCUCCCCCGACCACGCCGUUGCCACUGACCAUAUCUUCAAGAGCGGAGAUUGAUCUACGGGCAAUGUUGGAGGCAAAGAACAGCAUCAUUGAAGACCUGCGACAAAGAUUGCAGGACUCAGAAGCUCGUGCAGAAUCCUUGCGUGCCAAGUGCGUUCGGCUUCGCGCACGAGCUCCGCCUCCACAGCAGAUCAUGCAAUUGUUGCGCAGCGCGGCAGAGGGUGGUGCCAUGCUGCAGCGCUGCCUGGCGCGGGAAGCGCAACUGAGACAGGAGUGGUCAGCAGCAGCAGAAAAAGCUCAACGCAACUUGGGACGCGAGGUGGGCAGCUCCGCUCAGGUAGAAGAGGAAGCCCUCUUGCACUUUGAGUGUUUGGCUGCAAAAACCUCUGCGGACCUUGCGCAGGCGCAGCUGCGUGCUGAGUGCGCGCAGCUGAAGAGUGAAGCGGCGCAGUGGGCUGAAAAUUCGGAGAUGUGUACCGAACUCCAAGCCUGCACAGAGGAAGAGUUAAGCGUGGCCCGCAGCGAGGUCUGUCGCUUGCGCGAGCGCCUGGGGCACAUGGCGAAGGCGCGGAAGACGCUGAAGCGCCGGGUGCAGGCGCUCAGCGUGGAGCCUAAGGAGGUGGAACAAGCGCAGGAGCGAUGCCAACAGCUCUGUGAAGAGGCUGCUGUUGCAUUGAACAUCAAUGCAGAGAUUGAGAAGCGGCGAUUACAGCUGUUGCAAAGUCCAGAAAGCCCUGAGGAGCCUGAGGAUGCUGCUACGCUUGACCUUUCCAUCGAGAACCAGGAACUGAGAGAGAAGCUUCUGACGUUGGAAUCAGAGAUGUCAGGCCUUCGCGCUGAGAAGGAUUCGGAGCUGGCUGAGACUGUCCUUCAACUGCAUGGACCGGAAGUAGCUGAGGCGUUGCAACUUGAAUGCGAGAAUUUAAGACAGCAAGUUGCAGAGGCAGCUGCCACCACACCGGAGAAAUCGCUCCGACAUAUAGAGGAACUUGAGGUGGAGCUGUCUUUUUCCCGCGAGCAAUGUCGAGAGCUCCAGUUGCAGGUUGUGGAGGCCGUUGCCUCGCCAUCGCAGCGGAUAGAAGAGCUUGAGGCUUUGUUAGCGGCGCAAGAGAAUACUUACAGAGAGGAGCUGGAAGCCGGCGAAAAGCUGUGCGGACAGCAAGAAGAGGAGCUGCAGAAGCUUCGAGAAGUAGGCCAGCGACAGAGUUCGUUGUUGGAAGGAGCAGAGGAGGAGCUAUUCAAGUUGCGAGAAGAAGCACGUCAAUGGCAACAAGAGAGACAUCGACACUCUCAGGAACUCCAAAGCCACAAGGAGGAAGCAGAUCGACAAAGUGCGAUUUGCCAGGACUUGCAGAGACUCCAGGAGGAAACAGAUCGACAAAGAGCGAUUUGCCAAGAGGAUGCACAAAAGGCUCGGGCAGAAGCUGAUCGGCUGAGAACAGAAAGCUCUGAAAAGCUGAUGACUUCACUGAGGAAUGCGGAGGAUUUGCGCCGAGCACAACAGGAAGCGGAUCGAUUGCGCGAGGAGAACGCGCAGCAACUGACAUUGGCCACACGCCAAUCCGAGGAGCUACAACUUCUGCGCCAGGAGGCACAGCAGUUGCGAAACGAAUGCCGGGAACAGCUGGCACUGGGAGCUCAACAUGCGAAGGACCUGCAGAAGUCACGGGAGGAGGCUGAGCAAAAACGAGUCACCAUGGAGGAGGAAAAGCAUGUCUUGAAAGAGGAGCUUGGGAGUACCAAAGAAGAACUUCGAGCUAGCAAGAAGGAUUGUGAAAGCCUGACUGCAAAAGCAAACGAUCUUCAAGAGGAGCUGCAGAACACUCGUCGCAAAAUGGCUGAGGUUGCUGAGGAGCUGGGGGCGCUGCAAAGCAGCAAUGCUCAACAGGCCCAGGAGGUGAGGAUCUUGCAAGAGGAACUGGAGUCCAGCCACCUGGACCGGGAUCAGCUGAAGGCGCACAGCGACCACCGGGCACUGCUGCUGUCGGAUCAAGCGGAGGAAGUCCGUCGAUUCAAGGAGGAGCUGGAAAUCACUCAAGCCGCCAAUGCCCAGAGCAAUGAGGAUGCCAUGAGGCUGCAGAAGGAGUUGGACCAGUGCCGUGCGGAAGCAGAUUGGCUGCAGGCCGAUCGAGCUCUGGCACCCCCAGAGGAGUUUCAAGCCCUUCGUGCGGAGACGGAGCGCUUGCGCGCUGCAGAUGUGGCCGCCACAUUGCUGUUGUCGGAAAAGGAGGAGGAAUUGCAGCAUUUGGCAGAGGAACUUGGCCAAUCUCGACAUCAAGUGGCCUGUUUGGAAGAUGAGAUGAAUCGGAUGGCCGAGGAGCGUGAGGAAUAUCGCCAGGAAGCGGACCAACUCCUGGUGGCGGAUGCCAUACGAGCAACAGAGGAACAGGCCAGGGAGUCGGAGGCGCUUCGUUUGAGCGAGGAGCGUGAUGCUGCUCGCAAAGAACUAGAUGAGCUGAAAGACAACGAGGUACCUCGUCUGGUCCAGGAAGUACAACAAUCUCGGGAAGAUCUCAGGCAACUGCAGGAGACUCAUGAUACGACCCUCACGACGCAUGUGACCGAGCUGCAGUGGUGGAAAUCGGAGGUGGAGAAAAAAGCGCAGAUCAUUUCACAACAAGUGGAGGAGAUUAUCCAGUGCCAAGAUGCGGUGGAUCAUUGGAAGUUGGAGGCACAGAAUGCUGCAGCAACCAUUGGGAAGCAAACGCAGGAGAUUAUCCAGUGCCAAGAUGCGGUGGAACAUUGGAAGUUGGAGGCACAGAAUGCUGCAGCAACCAUUGGGAAGCAAACGCAGGAGAUCAUCCAGUGCCAAGAUGCGGUGGAACAUUGGAAGUUGGAGGCACAGAAUGCUGAAACAACCAUUGGGAAGCAAACGCAGGAUCUGCGGCAAUGUCGCGAGCAGUUGGAGAUGUGCAAAGAACAGGGCAAGGAGCGCACUGCCGCAGCGGUUGAAAAGCGACUGGAGGCAGAAGAUGAGUUGGAAACUCUGAAGAAAAGAUAUCAGAAGAACAUGGCCUUGGUGUCUCGCCAAGCCAAGGAAUUGGAAGACUGCCAAGAAGAGGUGGACACCUGGAAGGAGGAAGCUGCGACAAAAUCCCAGACGAUUGCAGAACAUCUCCAGGAGAUCAAGCGCGCGAGAGAUGAGUUGGAGGAGAUGAAGAGACAAAAGGAAAAGGAUGCAACCAGUGCAUUGAAGCAAAGUGAGGUCCUAGCCCGAUGCCAAGAAGACUUGGAGAAGUGUCAACAGGAAGCUGAGAAAAGGAAAGAAGAGUUUUCCAAACAAGCAGAGGAGCUCAUGGAUUGCCGAGGGGAAGCAGAUCAGCUCCUUGCUACUGAGUCCAUGCUUCUGGCGGAGAGGACACAGCUGCAGAAGGAAGUGGAAGAAUACCGAGCAGAAGCUGAUCGGCUUUGUAUUGCUGAGUCGAUGCACCUGGCGGAGAAGUCUCAGAUCGAAAAGGAGCUGGAAGACUUCAUGACCAAAGCAGAUCAUCUUCGGGUGUCCGAAGCCAUGCUGCUGGCAGAGCAGUCUCAGAUGGCACAGGAGUUAGAGAACUGCAGGGUCGCAACAGCUGAGCUGAGGAAGGAAAGAGACGAUUUCCAUGCUAAAGCUGAUCAGCUCCAAGUAGCUGAAGACUGCCAUUUGGAACGACUUUCACUUGCGAACAAGGAACUUGGGAAAUUGACAGCAGAAGUCAAUCAGCUUCGAGCUGCUGAAGCGUUGCAACUAGACGAGAUUGCCCAGAUUGGCAAGGACCUGGAGAAGCACCGCGCCGAAGUUGAUCGGCUGUGCAUGGCCGAAGCCAUGCACAUGGCAGAGAAGGUGCAAAUUUCUGAGGAACGCGAUGCUUGCUAUGUCCAAGUGCAACAGCUGCGUGCCUUAUCUUUCGGCGCUUUCCUGCUCUACUUCGGGCGGAUGAAAACCAUGGCCGAGGUGGUUCGCAAGUGGAAAGAAGAAGCUGCCGAUUGUCAUGCCGAAGCUGCGUGCCUGAGAGACACCUCGCAAAUUCUGAAGGAACUUCAGAAGUGCAGAUCAGAAAUAGAUCACCUCCAGGCACAACAUGAAACAGACAUCAUGGAGAUGAGCCAGAUAUCCAAGGAUCGAGAUGACUAUCAGUCCCUUUCCGAACAAUUUCGCGCAGCAUUCGACGAGAUGUCCAUUGUCGUAAAGGAGUUAGAUCAAUGCAGGGCCCAAGCGAACGACCUCCGGUCAGCUCAAGAAGAACAGCUCGCACAAAUCACACAGAUUUCCAAGGAGCGCGACGAAUACAGCGAAGAGAUUGCCCGAAUGCGUGGUCUGCAAGAAGAAUGCGAGGCAGAGAUGUCCCAGCUCGCUAAGGACAGACAGGCUGCUUCCAGCUUCACAUGA